AUGUGUCCUAACGCAUGGCGUGGCACUCAUACUCAAGGUGAUAUCGGGAAACCGUCGUUGAUGCUUCAGGCAGUUGCGUCUUAUGAUUUGUGGAUUUGGAAUGCGUACUUUGGGAUGCAGGGGUCCAACAACGACAUUAAUGUUUUUGAAGCCUCGCCUGUUCUUGAGGAGCUUAUAUCCAGUUUGGCUCCUACAUCUUCUUUUUGUGCAAAUGACAACUUUUACAACACCAUAUACUAUUUGGGAGAUGGCAUUUACCCGGAGUAUGCAAUUUUCGUCAAGACUUUUACCGACCCAAUUGACAACAAAAGAAAGUUGUUUAAGAAGAAACAGGAAUCAACAAGAAAGGAUAUUGAAAGAGCGUUUGGUGUACUGAAGAAGAGGUGGAAGGUUAUUAGUAAUCCUGCACGGUAUUGGGACAAAGAAAAGAUGCAAUCCGUGAUCUACGCUUGUAUCAUCAUACAUAACAUGAUUUUACAAGACAAGGACAAAGUUUUUGGUCAAGACUACGACCCGGAAUACCCUUCUUUGGACCCGGAGUACUGGACACAAGAAACACCCAUGGAGCAACGGAUCGAGAACUUGCAUGCAAUCAAAAGUAGAGAAACCCACAACAUGCUCAUGGCGGAUUUAGUGGAUCAAGUAUGGACGACCCGUUCGCGACAAGAUGAACCUAUGCCCGACCUUAAUGAAUACGUUAGCGAUGAUGAGGAUUAG